AUGGCGACUGCUCAGUCUAUUCUCGCUCUGCGCAAACAGCUCAUCGCGGCGACCGGCGAGUCGCAGAACACCGAGGACGCCGUCAUUAUCCUGAAGCGCUUGAAGGAGGAGGUUGUCGCGACCGACGAGCUGCUGAGGGAAACCAAGAUCGGCGUCACCGUCAACAAGCUGCGAAACAACACGGCGAAGGAGGUUGCGGACCUCGCGAAGGAGCUCGUGCGCAAAUGGAAGGCGGACGUGGGAAAGACGGGAACAAAGAAGACCUCAACUGCGGCCGCUUCCACGUCGAACUCAACCGGCGCCUCGCCUUCCCCUGGUCCCAGUCCCAUUCCCGCUGCAAAGUCCCCCGAGCCUGGUCGCGGGCCUCUCCCCGCCAUCACCACCGCUUCAUCCGCCAAGCCCGCCGCCUCUCCCGCUCCUGAAUCGCAGUCUCCCGCCCCCUCCAGUUCUUCCGCUCCGAACGGCCCUCUCCGUCGUCAGAGUUCGGGUGGUCCGCCCCGUACGCACAAGACGGACGGCGUCGAGUUCGGAAAGGGGAAGGAUGCCACAGGAGACAAGACGAGGGAGAAGUGCUGCGAGUUGAUCUACGACGCGUUGGCGCAGGACUCGGGCGCCCCUUCCGACCUCAUCCUCUCUCGCGCUCGCGCACUCGAAAAUCAUGUCUGGGAGGAGAACCCGCCUCCAGCGGGAUCCGCGACGUAUAGGAACAAGAUGCGCUCGUUCUAUCUCAACUUGAAGGCAGCGAACAACCCUGGACUGCGCGAAGGCAUCGUCAGCGGCGAGAUCAGCAUCGUGCAGCUCUACAAUAUGGACCCGAAGGACAUGGCAUCGGAGGAGCGCAAGGCAGAAAACCGCAAGCUCGUCGCCGAGAAUCUCUUCAAGGCGCAGGCGGCGGCACCUCAGCAGGCUGAGACGGACGCCUUCCAAUGCGGCAAGUGCAAGCAGCGUCGAUGCAUGUACUACCAGAUGCAAACACGCUCUGCAGACGAGCCGAUGACGGUGCGUAUGCUCUCCUGCCUGAGAAUCGGGACAAAUCGCUAA